AUGACGUCGCGUCGACACCCCACUGGACGUCGCUACGAGCAUAAUCAGACCCAGAGAUUUCGACGAACGAAUGGUCGUGCUUCACCUUCUUUGUGGUAUAAAAAUGAAGGGUAUAACGACCAUGAAAAGGUCUGUAUCAAUGAAGAAGUGACGGGUAUUUCGGGGUUUUUAACACCAAGUCAAAGCGGUUUUCAGGGCGUUUUGAAGCAUCGUUUUGCUGAUGUGAUCGUACACGAACUGUCACUCUCUUCCAAGCAGCCAAUAACGCUCCAGAAUGUCGCCAAGAAGAGCAAAAACGUGCAAUUGGUCGUACAGGAACGUGUAUUGGACUUUGUAUUGGGUACAAGGACCUUUCACGAGACGAAUACGGGACAUUCUCAGCAGGACAAGGAUCAGAUCAUUGGUGCAGUGCGUCAAGUGGCUCGAAAGCUGCAACAAAUGUCAUUAAAGCUGCAAAAAUGCGGUCAGAAGGCUCAAGAAGCGUACCAUUUACGACAAUUGGUGGUGUUAAUGACAAAGGAGAUUGGAGAAAAAAAGGCAAAGAGUUUGAGCAGUUUCUUGCCAAAGUUGAGCAAACAAGAGUCGAGUUUGAGUCGAAAAAGCAGCAAAAUAAAGACGAAGCGGCAUUAG